UUGCGAAACGCUCCACCAUACAAGACUCAUUCUCAUUCCCCACGGGAUGCCUUGAUAUUUAAGUAUUUUAAUUUUAAUAUUCUAACCAUAUUUUAGUAUUUUACUGUGUGAGAAAGAGAAAGGUUAGAGCCAUGUUAUAUAUCGCGGGAGGCACCGCCCGCAUGAAUUAACCAUACAAUAUUAAAAAAAUCUUCUCCAAAAUUCAAUUAUUAUAAUAAUAAGAUAAAUAUAAAGCAAGGAUAGUGUGGUUGGAACUCGAUCGUAGUUCAUUCUUCUCCUUUACUUUUUCUCUCUCUCCUCUUCUUCUUUCAAUUCAAUUCUUUUUGUUCACAACCUCUGUACAGUUUAAUCAAACCCAACCUCACAGGUUUUAGUCACUAAUUAAAAUAUAUAGAUAGAAAUCCAAGGAAGAAGAUGAAGCAGUUUUCCAUCCAAAACGUCGUCGUUCCAUCCCACGAAGAGAAUAGCGUCGUUUGCCCCAAGCCCCGCCGCCUCGGCCUCUUCAACUUCGCCGCCAACGAACACCCUGUCAGACCCUUCCGGUGGCAUCUAAGUUGCCAGGUUGAACCAUGUGAUUCAAACUCGUCUGGCUCAAAUCCUUUGGACAACAUACUCUCCAAGGUUGUGCUUAGAUCGAAUUGUUCUUGUGUAUGGAUGGGUUUGCAGGAGAGUGAUUUUGAUGUAGAGCAAUCGUGGCCAGUGGUAGCCUCGCCGCCCCCAUUUUUCUGCGGGUCGCCGCCGAGCAGAGUAGCUAACCCUUUGAUUCAGGAUGCUCGAUUUGGGGAAGAGAAUUUUUCCCCGCUCUCACCACCGUCGUGGGCGGUGGCUCCGGCUGCUGUGUCGGGUCUGCCACCGUCUCCCUCUUCCUCAGCAAGGAAGGGAGGGUGUGUUCGAGCCAAUUUUGGUAACAAUCCAUCUGUGAGAAUUGAGGGGUUUGAUUGCCUUGACAGGGACAGGCGAAAUUGCAGCAUCCCUGCUCUGGCCUAGAACCCUUCUCUCUCUCACACACACGGCUUUGAUAUUAUUAGGAUUCAGUUCACAACAUAAACAUAACCACAGAAGAUGAGCCUUCAUACCAUACCUACGGAAAGAGUAAUUUUGGAUGCUUGAGUCUAGAGGAGAACAUGAAAUUUUAUCUUGUGGAUGUUUGUAAAUAUGUUCAGUUAAAGGGUCAGUGUAUGUAAAUGUCCAUAGUGUGUCUUGUGUAGGGAAAUAUGUGUAGCUCGCAAAUAAUGAUAGAGGGCUAAUUUGGGUGUUAGAUUUCACCCGGGCCCUAUGUUUAGUGUUUAAGGAAAUACCAUUCUCUUCUUUGUAAGUAGAAAGUCUUUAGAGGAUGGAUGGGAAUAUUUCAUUUUGAAUUUCUUUUCGGGUCUUUGAAUUGUAACUAGCGGCAUAAGAAUAUGAAAAUCUGUACAAAGUUCAUGGGUCUUUUGUAAUGUGAACAGCAUCACUGCGUAAAAGAAAAGCUGGUUUUGUCGGAAAAGAAUGA